CAACACGCACAACACACACUAACCACACAGACAAUCCAAGAAUGGCCAUUUCUUCUCCUUCCAUCUCCAUUCCUCCCAAACCCCCUUUCAACUUUCUUCUCUGCAAAGCCUAGCUUAUUUAGAAAAUCUGGUUUGUUAUUGUUUUUUGUAGAUUUAUUUUCAAGAAAAAGAUGGCAAUUGUAACUGGAGAUAGAUACUUGGAAUCCUUGGUUCGAUACGUGGAGAAUAACGCUGAGCCAUUGAUCGAAGGAAGUUUGGUUUUGAAAUUGAACCCGGUUGGUUUGCGGUAUGUGCAAUCGAGGCUUGAGGCGCUAUCGGAGCUGGAGAGCUUGCUUUCCGGAGCUCCGGUGGACUAUCUCCGAGCUUACAUUUCCGACCUUGGUGACCACCGCGCUCUCGAGCAGCUUCGCCGGAUCCUCCGCCUUCUUCCGUCGCUUAAGGUGGUUUCUGUGCUUCCCCCUCCUGGUAGGGACCCUACUCCUUUGUCGUUGUUGCCGUUUGGGAGAUUGAAGGUUCUGGAGCUUCGUGGGUGUGAUUUGUCUACGUCCGCCGCAAGAGGGUUGUUAGAAUUGAGGCAUACUUUGGAGAAAUUAAUCUGCCACAAUUCAACUGAUGCAUUACGCCACGUAUUUGCUAGUAGAAUUGCAGAAAUUAAGAAUUCUCCACAGUGGAACCGCUUGUCAUUUGUUUCGUGUGCUUGUAAUGGCUUACUUCUCAUGGAUGAGUCUUUGCAGCUUCUUCCUGCUAUUGACACCCUUGAUUUAAGUAGAAAUAAAUUUUCCAAGGUGGACAAUCUACGGAAGUGCACUAAAUUAAAGCAUCUGGACCUUGGUUUCAAUCAUCUGAGAAGUAUUGCGUCAUUUAGUGAGGUGUUGUGUCAAAUUGUUAAGCUUGUCUUGAGGAACAAUGCUCUUACUACUUUGCGUGGAAUCCAGAACUUGAAGUCACUUGAGGGUCUUGAUGUCUCCUACAACAUGAUUUCCAAUUUCUCAGAGAUAGAGAUUCUGUCUGGCCUUCCAUCGCUUCAAAGCUUGUUGUUGGAAGGGAAUCCUCUCUGUUUUGCAAGAUGGUAUCGACCUCAAGUUUUCAGCUAUUUUCCUUUCCCUAAUAGUCUGAAACUGGAUGAAAAGAAAAUCUCCACAAGAGAGUAUUGGAAACGGCAAAUUAUUGUUGCUGGUAGACAGAAGCAACCUGCUAGCUUUGGAUUUUACUCACCAGCAAAAGAUGACGGUGAAUUGGAUGGAACUAUAAACACAAAAAGGAGAUAUGUGUUGCAGAAGAGGACAUCUCGUCUUGCUAGCAUUGAGAGUGAAGAUCAGAGCACAUGUGUGUGCUCUGACCAAGAUUCAGCUUUGGGUGAUAGUGAAAAUCAAAGCAAAAAGGAGGAUGCCAAUUCGGAUGAGGAAGAAAUAGCUGAUCUGAUGAACAGGAUUGAAAUUAUGAAAAAAGAACGGUCUGCUCUAUGGUUUCAGGAAUUCAAAGAAUGGAUGUCUCCUGUUACUCAAAGUUUUGAUGAUAGAAAAUGCACAGGGACUAAUAACGGUGUCAAUGAAGAAGUGUAUGUGAAAGGCAAUACUAGACAUAGAUAUCCUGGUGAGAGCUCAAGAUAUGUAACUGACUCUUUUCAAGCUUCUGGAGAUGAUAGUAGUACAAAUAUAUUGGAAUCCGAUAACUCCUUUGCUGAUGCAUCUUUGGGUUGGAAUACCCAAAGCUCACUUGAUCGAAUUGGUGAAGUAGCUUCAACAGUUUUCACAGGACAAUCUGGUGGUGAUUCUGUUCCUGUUAUCAGAAGUUUUCCCAUGGAUAAGGAGCAUCCAAAAUCUUUAAAAAAUCAAGGCAGCAUGUCUGCAAUUGAUAAUAUGGUUGAAUCCAAUUCAUCUUCAAUUGCACCGGGUUCACCUCCUCACUACCAACAGGAUAUUUUGCAUCGACGUCAGAACUUGGAAGAAGAAUUUCUACAGUUAUCUGCUGAGUCCCUUUCAGUUGCGUCCACUGAUAGUGAUACUAGUAGCGAGGAGGAUUCUGCUGAAUUUGGUUCCUGGAUACCUCAGGUUGAUCGAUCACUGAUUGGUAAUUUCUCAGGAAUGGGUUUGGAUGAUUGCUCAACUGCACUUUGCUCGGAUGAUGUGCACCAUGAGGGAGAGAACCGAGCUUCUGCAUCAGAGCAAAAUGGUUUGCAUGAAUUAGAUAUAGGUACUAGAGGGAUUCCUGGUGUUGAGAAUGAGGCUGAUUGGCAGGAGGAGAAGUUGCGAAAAAAGAAAUCGAAAAGAAGAGUCGUUUCAUUAGCAGAGGAGGAUAAUGUUGAUAUAGAACCAGGGCCAGUUCACAAGUCAAAUGGAGAUUUGGACAUUUAUAAAGUUGAAACAAGACAUGAACAUCAUAGAUAUAUAUCUGGGAAAGAAUCCUUAUCUAUGGAGUCAGAUGAUAUGAUUAUGACCAUUUUGAACUCAAAUAAUGCGAAUUUUGGAGCUCCUGAAUCUUGUAGACAAUUUGUACGUUGCAGAUGCUUGCUUCAGGAGAAAUCUGAGUUGGUGGAAAGUGAAGUAGCCAUACUGAGUGGCGUGAACAAAUUUUAUGUACUACUCGGUGGUGAAUCUGAUGGGUCAGUAACCUGUUUAAAGCUUAUUGGUUGUCAUGAAAUUGGAGAUGUGAGAGAGGUUUAUGUUGGUUUGGGACUUCAGGUCGUAAGGGUAUGCUGCAAAGACAAAUCAUAUUUGUUCAUUACCAUGAGUGUAGAGAAAUCCAGAAAAUUGCUAGCUCUAUUGGAUUCCUUUGAUUCAUCUGUAUUGCAGGAUAACUGCCCACUCACGAGUUUGGAGCAGGUUCAAGUUAAUAUCUUCGAGAGGCAUAUAUAUGGAAGUGCAACCAUGAGCAUUUUUCAGUACUCAAUGGUGAUGUUUUGGAGCAGCAAUUUAGAAGAGGGUCUCUGGCUUUCAAGAUCUCUAUUUGUGCUCAAGUGGCAGCUACUUGUGUGUAUUGAAGAUCUGAAACAGUUUGGCACCCUCCCAGAGGGAAAAUCUUCCUCAUCCUAUUUCAUUCUGGAUGCAUCUUGUUCUAUCAUCAACAUAUCUGAGAUGCAUCUUAUGAACCAUUGUGUUCAAGUAGUUCGCUUUAAAUUUCAGGUGAUUGAUAACAAGGACAGAGAGUGCAUGACCUUGGCUUUACAAUGUGCUUUAGAUAAACAGGAUGCAGGGCAUGCAACUCUUACUAAGGGAAAGCCAUCUUCAGGUCCUUUCACGUGGAAGUUCAAAUGGUUCUCUGAAGAAAGUUUAUUCAAGUUCGUGGCACUCUUAAGGGCAAUUCAUGCCGAAUUGACCACAUCACCUCUGUGUGUACGCUGGAUAUCAUGAUCAAAGAGGGAAACAGAUCCUUACUUUGUAUAUCAUAAUCAAAUUCUUCUCAUUCUUUCGGUCUGGUACUGUUUCAUAGUUCCCAUUCCAUUUUCUUUCUUCUUCCGUCAUGGCAUCCCUAGCUUGGUGCAUGCCCUUACUGAGUGUAAAUGAAUGUACAUAGUCGAAUCCAAAUUCUCUCUUUUGAAUCUGGAUGUGCAUAUUUCCCCUGUAUAAUUCAUGGUAGCUUGGCUGGCUCCAGAUGUAAAAAGCUGGUGGUUGUAAAUUUUGUGAGAUCAGUUAUUGAAUUAAUGUGAACUAUUUGACUGGGCAGAGACAUCUGCACAGCUUUGUAGGGCA